GCAGCAAACGAAACAGUUGCAAAUGCAGCAGCAGCAACAGCAACAGCAGCAAACGAAGCAGCAAUUGUUGUUGCAGCAGCAGGCAAAGCAGACAUUGCUGUUGCAGCAGCAACAGAAGCAGCAACUGCAACUGCAGCAACAACAGCAGAAACAACAAGUUCCAUUGGAGCAGCAAAAACAACAACAGCAGAAGCAGCAGCUACAAUUGGAACAACAAAAGCAGCAACUGCAACAACAGAAGCAUCAACUUGUAUUGGAACAGCAAAAGCAGCAGCAACAGAAACAGCAGCAGCAGCAACAACAGCAGCCAAAGCAUCAAGUGCAGUUGCAGCAACAGCAGCCAAAGCAGCACCAAAAGCCACAAAUGCCACAACUGCAACAAACGCAGAGGCCACUUACAGCUUUGACACAGCAGAAAGCUUUAAUACAGCAACAGAAACCGCCAUCAACGCUGUUGCAGCAAAAGACUCAGACACAAUUAAGAGCACAACAGCAAAAGAACUUGGUUAAACAGCAGCAGAUGCAGCCACAACAGCGAUUGCCCACUUUGCAGAAACAAACAGUGACCAUCACACCAACAACAGCAACGGCAACUUCAGCCACUGCUCAAGCGCAGCAGCAACCGCAACAGAAGUCACCUCAAUUGCAAGUUGCGACUACAACAGCACCUCAAAAGCAGCCACUGCCGGCACACACUGCCACAGCAUUGGCGUUACAAAAGCAAAAGCAACAGCAGCAGCAACAACAGACAGCUUUGGCGUUGCAGCCGGCAGUGGUGCAUAAUGCUGCUACUGCUGGCAAUACAACACAAAUGCCACCAUUACUGGCAAAGCUGACGCCAAUGCCAAUACUGAGCAAACAGCCGCCGAACAAGACGAGCACAACAAACACCAACAACAAUCAUAACAUCAGCAUCAGCAUUAAUAGUAGCGCAGCACGCACUUUACCCUAUAAGACGAAGCCAACAAUAGCGAGCAAUACGCCGCUGCGAAGCGUGCAGCAAGUCACCACCAACAAUAGCAGCAGCAGCAACAACACCAACAGCAGCACGCCCAUUCAGUCAAUAACAGCUGGUGCAACUCCACCAUUGCGUCUGCUUGCCACACCGCCGCAUUGUGCUGCAGCACUUAAUGAACCGUUGUUACUCAAUCUGCCACCCACAACAAGUAUAACGCCUCAACUGACACCGACAACAACCCCGCCACCGUCGUCGACAACGGCAACAACAGCAACCGUGAAAAUGUCAUUUCCCGGUGCCAGCAUUUCGCCAGUGACCAAAACUCCAGCGAAACGUGUGCAGCCCAUCACUGUACUCAAGAAAUCGGAUGAGGAGUGGCGCAAGCACAUUGCACAGCAACAGCAGCAGCAACAACAGCAGCAGCAACAGCAGCUGAAUAAGCCAAAGGAACUGGAGACACCUACAAUUGUGCUAGUGGAAUCGCCGCCAACAACGCCGCCCAACGACAAAGUGGACAAUGAGCCGACGAAGCGAAAGACGCCGCCGACUGUUGUAGCGCCAACAAGUGCAACGGCAACAACAGCGACAACGGCAGCAACAACGACUGCAACUCGUGCACCAUUGGUCAGUGAAUAUGCGUCAUUGUUGCAGCUUUGUCGUGAGACAGACAAGUCCAAGGACAUGGAGCGUUUGAUAGAGAUUAAGCUGAUGAAGCAUUAUUAUAGCGUCCAUGAGAAUUUUGUGCGCUCGCGUGGCUUUCGCAAGCAACUACAGCAGGCCAUGGAACGCAUACGCAAUGAACCUGACAUGAUCUAUGUGCAUCUCAAAUGCGUAGUCGAUGAGCUGAAAGUGCGACGUAAGGCCAAAGCGGUGCUGCCACUGCAAGAGGAUCUAGCUGAAGAGAAGCCACAGCCGCCACAGUUGCCAGCAGCAACAGCAACAACUGAAGUGAAAGCAGCUGACGCAACUGCACCACCGAUCACGCCCAGCACUGGCAACAAACGAACCGAUGAGCGCAUCAGGAAACUCAAUCGCACAUUGUACACAAUUACGAAGCGUAUUAGCGCCUUGGAGGAGGCAGACGUCGAUUGGAAUGACGAUGAUGACUCCAGCUAUCUGCAGGUUGAGCGCUACAAGAAACGCGCCUGCCAGAUCUAUGAGAAAAUCUGUGAUUUAACCGGUGAAAGUAAAAGCGCCCAUCGACAGAUGAAGCAACCGAUACUAUUUAAGGAUUCACCCUAUCCACAAUUCAAUCGGACUCUAUCGGCAUUCGUGAAUCGCAUGCACGAAUUUCCCGAUUAUUAUGAUGUGUUGCAGCUGCUCGAGCACUGCAAUAAGGACAAGGAUCUGGGACUCGCAUCAUUCGAAAUGAAGCGCAUAGCUCAUGAUGCCUUUGUUAAAGUGGGUCGAUUGCUGCAAGCGCGACGCAAGACUGAUCUCUACGAGACCGUAACACAUUUUACGGCAAACGCAAAGGAUCCGGCAGCAAGCGAUGCCACGCUGUUGGCCAAGCUAAACGAGAACAACAAGAAGCAAACCAAAAUCAGUGAUAUUCUGGAAAAAUUUGCACGCGAGCAGGAUCUCAGUGCAGAAGAACAGAGAGAGGCACGUCAGAAGGAGAAGCAAUUACAGGCUGAAAAAGCGGCGGCUAACGAGCAAGGCAACGUUGCCGCUGUCGAUGAUGACAAACCCUGCACCAGCGCACAGGCGGCUCAAGCGGUUGCCGAGGCAACUCAAACUACUCCAACAACAGCACAGAUCGUGGGCGAGAAUGAGAAGGAGAGCGAACUGACUAAUGGAGUCAAGAAGCCUCAAGGCAACUGUGAGAUUGGAAGUGAUAGUGACGACGAUGAGGAGGAAGACGACGACGAUGACGAGGAAUCGGAUGAGGAUGUCGAUACAUUUGUGGACAAUUUCAAGGCAAACGGCGAUGUAUCUGACGCAGAGUCCGAAACGGAACUAAAUGCAGCACCAAAGACACUUGACGCCGCGGCUGCUCAUGUGAUAGAUAAUAGUGAAACGAGAGUCAAGACUGCUGCGCCCAUCGAUAACCUUGCAAUUGAUGAAAAUGUUGAUAAUGAAGAAGCUGCCCAAGCGCAAGCGCCAAAGUCAAUUGCUAAUGGCAAGCUUAAAGACGCACCAACCGCCCACAUGCUAAAGAUUAUGUCCGUCUCUAGUCUAAAUGCCAGUGUCUCUCCAAAUAGCAACAACAACAAUAACCCCCAGCAGGCAACACAUCAGCCACAGCAGCAGAAACAACAGCAGCAACACAAACAGCAAAAGAUGUUGAUAGACACUGAAAUUGUCAUUUCAGACGAGGAGUCAUAGGUAUUCCUUAUGGUUGAAUUCGAACUGCAGCGUAUUAGUUUAUGAUUUAGCUAGAAUUUAUUUAUUUAUCAUCAUAUUGCGCACAAUUUGUUAUACUUUAUAUACGUUAGUAGAUUUCAUUUUCCAUUUAUUACAUAUGUAUGUAUAUGUAUUAUUACGUAAUUCAAUAUUUUUAUGUAACGCGGCACGUUCUCGAUGCUGUGACCUAUAAGUUUUGGUUUUUGUGCGCAAAAACCUUUAGAUAGUGUACAUACGGAAUACAACUACUAUUACGAAUAAGUGUGUUUUACAAAAACACUAAUGUCAUAAGAAAUAAAUGAAAUUAAA